GCUCGUCUCUUCUACUCUUCUUUUGUGAGCAGGCACACUGUUCUCUCUCUCUCAAUGUUGUCGGAGUGACGUUGUGGCCAAUGCCGACCUCCGCUAGCCGCCUCGAGAGGAUUCCUUCCUCCAAAGCCCUGGCGCCACCACACGACACCGAUCUGCGCCCGGCAAGGAAGCCCCAACCCCGCCGCCGGAUCCGUAACCCCGCAUUCCCCGGCGCUGCUGUCGGAGCCCGCCCGAGAAAGGGCGGCGCAGGUUCCGGUGGAAGGAGGAGCGGCCCGGCCACCCCUCUGCUUCGGUGGAAGUUUAACGAGAAACCGGCGCCGGAACCCGGCCGAAAGGUUGACGAUGCCGGCGCCAGUGAGUUGCCGCCGCCGCCGCUGCCGCGGGUCUCGGCGAGAAAGCUUGCGGCUGGGAUCUGGCAUCUGCGGCCUCUGGAUUCCGGUGGGGGCCUCCGUGAUGGCGAAGGCCGUCCAGCUCCUCCAGGUCCUGAGCCUGUCCCUGGGCAUCAAGGAAUUCAGCUACUAUAUAAUCCCCUUAGCACUGACAUCCACACCAAACAGAAUAUAAAGAAAGAGUUUGCUAGUCCCGUCUCGGUCCUAAGUCCAAAAUAUGGCAGUAUCCACAAGUUUGCUGGAUUUCAGAGUUCUGCAAUGGAGAAGGCAACUAAAUGGGACCCUGGCAGCUUAAUGACAUCGGAGGAGGUAUACCGGUUCUAUAGUCACCUCAAGCUUCUUGAAGAUCAGGAGCUGAACACAGUUUCUAUUGUUUCUUCUCUCCGGACUGAGCUCGAAAGUGCUCAUGCCCGCAUCAAUGAGCUCGAGAAUGAGCGGAGAUCAGCAAAGAAAAAACUGGACCAAUUUUUGAAAAGGCUUGCUGAGGAGAAGGCAUCAUGGCGGAGCAGAGAGCAUGAGAAGGUCCGAGCUAUAAUUGAGGGAAUGAAGGCUGACCUUGAUAGAGAGAGGAAAAAGCGGCAAAAGAUAGAGAUUGUCCAUAACAAGCUGGUCAAUGAGCUUGCUGAGGCCAAGUUAACUGCGAAGCGGCUCUUGCAGGAUUAUGAAAAAGAAUGCAAAUCCCGUGAGCUUGUUGAGGACGUCUGUGAUGAGCUUGCUAAAGAGAUUGGGGAAGACAAAACUGAAAUCGAGUCGCUGAGGUUGGAAGCAUUGAAGAUCCGAGAAGAAGUUGAGGAGGAGAAGAGGAUGCUGCAGAUGGCGGAGGUAUGGCGUGAAGAAAGAGUUCAGAUGAAGUUAAUUGAUGCAAAGCUGAUGCUUGAGGAGAAAUACUCACAGCUGAGGGACCUAAUAAUGGAGCUAGAAGUAUUUUUGGCUGCAGAGACGACUGAAGACUUGGAUGUUGCAUUGAUGAGAGAAGCUGAGUUGCUUAGAGAAAAAGCAAACUCAGUUAACAUUGAUGAGAUAAAAGAGUUGUCUUACCAGCCGCCACCUGCUUCAGAAGACAUUUAUGCUGUCUUUGAAGAACUCCAACCAGCGCAAGAAACUAACGAGAGAUACAUCCAACCUUGUGGUGGUCACAGCCCUAGAAGCCAUGCCUCCAAGAUUGACACGGCAAGUCCUGAAACAGAUGUCUUCCUAGAACAUCCCACAAAGCAGCACACACGUGAGUUGAUAGAUAGCAAUGAUGAUGUAGACGAUGAUAGUGACUGGGAAACCAUGAGUCAUCCUGAGGAGCAAGGCUCAAGCAAUACACUUGAUGGAAGUGAACCAUCUGUUAAUGGAUACUGUAAAGAAAGCAAUGCUUCGGCGAGUGAAGCAGACUGGAAGGAGGAUGGUAUGAGGAACAACAGACUAAACAAUGAGAUCAUAGAGGUUUGUUCUACAAACACAAAGUCAAGAAAAAAGGUGUCUUCGAUAUGUAGACUUUGGAGAUCAGCAGCUCAUGAUAAUGUUGAGGACCUCAAGAAAACAUCAGCUGAGGUGAAACCUGGGAGGCUGUCAGAUGGAAGGAUCUCCAACGGAACCAUAUCUUCAAACAAUGGUGAAGAGUACAAGAAACUUUCAGUGGAGCAUAUGAAUGGAAGGCCGUCAAAUGGAAGGAUCUCCAAUGUAACUUUAUCUCCUGAUAUAGGUUUGGAUGAAGUUGGUUUGAGCCUAGGACAGUGGAGCUCUCCUGACUCACUGAAUCAUCAUAUUAAUCGAGGAAUGAAAGGUUGUAUUGAAUGGCCACGGGGCAAUCAAAAGCACAGUUUAAAGUCGAAGCUGAUGGAGGCAAGGUUGGAGAGUCAAAGGGUUCAGUUGCGCCAUGUCCUUAAACAGAAAAUUUAGCAUGCUUGUUAAUACAGAAUCUGAAGAAACAACAAAGUAAAAACAUUCUUGGUCAUCAAGCCAAGGAUGUUCUCCCUUCGAGGCAGAUUCUGAUACAGUAUCCACAAUAGGCUUUGCCUCUUGUACCUGUAGCCUGUAGUUCUCUGCAUAUUUUUGUCAACUGAUUAAGCAAUUCUAGUACGCAGCUCUUGUUGAACUUGUAUUCUGUUGUAUAUGCUGUCACGACAACUAAAUUCUGAGCAAUGUCUUUCAAAGUGCAAUAACA